AUGCCAUCACAAGUUAUCGCCAAUCACUCCCCCAGAGUUCCCAUUGCUGCUCCGCCCGUUGAGACAGCCUCCAAUGUUAUUCUCAUCGAUAAUUACGAUUCAUUUGUCUGGAAUGUUUACCAGUACCUUUGUCUAGAGGGAGCCACAGUCUCAGUCUUCAGAAAUGAUGAAAUUACAGUAGAAAGACUUAUUUCUCUUUCACCCACGCAUUUGGUAAUCAGUCCAGGUCCAGGACAUCCCCAAACCGAUUCUGGAAUUAGUCGAGAAGCUAUUGCUCAUUUCGCCGGAAAGAUUCCCAUCCUCGGAAUCUGUAUGGGACAGCAAUGCAUUAUUGACCUAUAUGGUGGAAAUGUAGAAUAUGCCGGGGAAAUCUUCCAUGGAAAAACCUCGCCAUUACAACAUGAUGGAAAGGGGGCUUAUCAUGGCCUACCACAAGAUCUUCCUGUCACGAGAUAUCAUUCACUCGCUGGGACCUAUCAAAGUAUUCCAGAAUGUCUAGAAGUUACCUCGUGGAUCAACACGAAAAACGGAGAGAAAGGGCCAAUAAUGGGUGUACGACAUCGAGAAUAUUUAAUAGAAGGGGUUCAGUAUCAUCCCGAAAGUAUACUAACAGAAGAUGGAAAUAUCAUUAUUAAAAACUUUGUACAUUUUCGUGGGGGUACCUGGCUUGAAAAUAAAAGAUUACUAAGGAAAAAUGUGACUAAAGAAAAUAUACUUGAAAAAAUAUUUGCACAUCGCAAGACUAUCGUGCGAGCUCAAAAGGAAAUUCCAUCACGAACCCCAACCGAUCUACAGAAUAUGUUGGAACUCGACAUCGCUCCACCCCUCAUCUCGUUUGUCGACCGUCUUCGAACAAGUCCCUUUCAUAUCUCUUUAAUGGCAGAAAUCAAGAGAGCCUCUCCAUCAAAGGGAAACAUUAACCUUGAGGUCAAUGUCUGCUCACAGGCUCGAGCCUAUGCUCUUGCUGGCGCAAGUGUAAUCUCAGUUCUUACCGAACCAAAAUGGUUCAAAGGGAGCAUAGACGACUUAAAAGCUAUCAGGCAAGCCCUUGAGGGUAUGCCAAAUCGGCCAGCGAUUCUACGGAAAGAAUUUAUUUUUGAUGAGUAUCAAAUAUUAGAGGCAAGGUUGGCUGGCGCAGACUCGGUACUUUUAAUCGUUAAAAUGCUCGAAGUGAAUACGUUAACACGUCUCUACCAAUAUUCUCAAUCUCUAGGGAUGGAACCUUUAGUCGAGGUCAAUACGGCCGAAGAAAUGGCUAUAGCCUCAAAGCUCGGUGCAACUGUAGUUGGUGUAAACAAUAGAAAUCUGACAAACUUUGAGUUGGAGCUUAAUACAACCACCAAACUACUAGAAUUAGCAACGGAAAAGACUAUCAUUUGUGCGUUGAGUGGUAUCACCGAAGCAAAAGAUAUAGACGCCUACAAAGGUAGUGGAAUUACAGCGGUCUUGAUCGGAGAGGCUCUUAUGCGUGCUAAAAACACUUCAAAUUUUAUUAGAGAACUCCUCGGAGAAGGUAAGCCGCCUCCAGAUAUCACUGCCAAUCCGCUCUUCGUCAAAAUAUGCGGUACCCGAAAACCGGAGGUAGCCGCUGAAGCAAUCAAGGCUGGAGCAAACAUGAUUGGGAUAAUUCUAGUUCCCGGUAGAAAUCGAUGCGUUUCACAUGAGGAUGCGGUAGCUAUUUCAAAAGUUGUCCACGAAUCGUGUCUUCCAACGAGGAAUACAUCUAUCGAUAAAUCUGCCCUGCAAGCCUCUGAUUUUUUCAGCCAUGCUUCUUCUAUUAUCUCAAGUAAUCGACCACUCUUAGUCGGUGUAUUCCAAGACCAACCAUUAAAGGAUAUCCUUGAGCUACAGAGGAUUUAUGAUCUCGAUAUUGUUCAAUUACAUGGAGAAGAGCCAGUUGAGUGGGCAAAUUUAAUUCCAGUUCCUGUCAUUCGGAGUUUUAAGCCAGGCCAAGCUGGUAUUAGUAGAAGGGGCUAUCAUUCAGUACCUCUACUUGAUUCUGGCUCUGGCGGUUCAGGCGAGAAAUUGGAUAUGAGUGAAGUAAAGACUACUCUCGCGAAAGAUAAGAACCUUAGGAUACUUUUAGCUGGGGGCCUUAACCCAGAAAAUAUUGUUGAAGCGAUUACCCAGGCUGGUGAGUUCGGAGAUAGAAUAAUAGGUGUUGAUGUAAGUAGUGGUGUAGAGGUGGAGGGUAUUCAGUCUCCGGAGAGGAUCAGAGCUUUUGUGGAGGCCGCUAAAAGUGUAUCAAAACGUUGA